UAAAUAGUCUCUCGUAGAAGCUGGUCAGUGCAACCGUGGCGAGCAAAUAACCUUCCUUAGUAACAUUGUUAUAAAACCGGAAAUCUAGCCGACACUAGUGCCAACACGCUUCAAAGUUGUCGCGGCCUUUGAAGGCUACGAACGAGGUUACGGAAAGAAUUCAUCAAAAAGUGAAAGUCAGCGUCCAAGAUCCUCAGAUCGAAAACCAAAAUUUCGAAGAAAAAAGUCGAAAUGGAUAAUCGGGCAUUCGAAGAAGGAAACGACAUGCACGGCGUACUGGAACAUGGCGAUAUAGUACUCGCUGAUGUGGCUCUUUCCGCCGACAAAGAAAUAGCAAAGACGGACACUGAGGUCAGUGCGCAGCCGAUAGGCUAUCAAGAUCAAGUCUCCCCAGACACGUUCCACGAAUUGCCCAAUCGACCACCUGACAACCAACAGGACAGGAAGCAAUUGAACGCUGGAAGCCGAUUUCACGUAUCGACCACUAGCUCUGGAAUUGAACUGGAAAAUCUUCAGCCGGGAUGGGUUGAGGCAGAAAAUUCUAUCGUCUCGGAAAAGGAAUCACAACCAGAUAUGAUACGAAAAGGAAUCAUAGCUACGACCCAUUCCCAAGGCCAGGAGAGAAAUCGAAAAAUGAGCCGUGAUGUUAUUCCUAGUAUAGAACAUUACCGAUCACAUCCUCAAGUUCAAACGACAGUCAGACGGCCUACCAUGCACGAGCUAUGCAAUCAAAUCAGCGAAGAAGUAUCCCUGCAUGAAUUCGAUGAGACAUUAGCCAACGAUGAUGUCAAGGGAAAUGGAGAAGAAAACGUAACGGAAAGUGUCAAAUUCGGUUGGAUCGAAGGAGUUUUGAUCCGCAAUAUGAUGAGCAUCUGGGGCGUAAUGCUCUUUCUAAGACUUUCAUGGGUAGUGGCCCAAGCAGGAAUAGGUGAAACUCUGAUUAUUAUCGCAAUUUCGACGUUCAUCACUCUGGUAACGGCUUUGUCCAUGUCUGCCAUUUCAACCAAUGGCGAGAUUGGCGGGGGUGGUACUUAUUUCGUCAUGUCGAGAGUGUUGGGUCCAGAGUUUGGUGGUUCGAUCGGAAUCAUCUUCGCCAUCGCUAACGCCAUGGAUUGCUCGCUCAACGUUGUUGGUUUCGCCCAAGCUGUACAGGACAUGAUGAUGGAAUACGGCGGAGUAAUUCUUUUCGAUGGUGCCUCCAACGACAUCCGUGUCAUAGGCACAAUUACUAUGAUAUUCGUUUGUGCCAUUUGUGGUCUCGGAUCCCAGUAUGAAACUAAGAUGAAAGACAUCAUGUUCAUCAUUAUGUUGGCUUCGUUGGCUAAUUUCUUAGCUGGCAGCAUUAUGGGACCAUCUUCCGAGUUGGAAGAAGCAAGAGGAUUCGUAGGAUACAGCGUGCAUCUACUUACUGAAAACUGGGAGCCAGCUUAUAGCGUCACUAGUGGCCAAAUCCAAAACUUCAUUUCCGUCUUCUCCGUUUAUUUCCCGGCAAGUAUCGGUAUUCUUGCUGGAGCCAAUGUUUCCGGUGACUUGAAGGAUCCAAAUACAGCUAUUCCUAAAGGAACGAUAUUGGCCAUCGUCAUUUGCAGUAUUUCUUACGCAGGAGUGGCUAUUAUCUGUGCCGCGACGAUGGCACGUCAAGCUACUGGAAACGUUAUGGACUUGGCAAAUGGAACACAUUUAAAUUGCAGCUCCUCAGUGAACGGUACCGACUGUCGGAGUGGACUUUACUACGACUAUCAGGCAAUGUCCUUGGUGUCUGCCUUUGCCCCGCUUAAUUAUGUGGGUUGCAUCGCGGCUACAAUCAGUUCAGCCCUGUCCGAUUUCGUUUCUUGUCCAGCUCUACUCGAAGUCAUUGCAGCUGAUAAACUAUAUCCUUAUUGGAUGGUCGGCUUUUGGGGGAAAAGAUCCGGAACAUCAAAUCAGCCAUAUCGAGCAUUUGGUUUCACUUUUGUUUUGGCCUUAGCUUUUGUCCUAAUUGCCGAGCUGGAUAUGAUCGCCUUGCUGAUUUCGGAUUUCUUUCUUGCCACGUUUGCUUUGAUGAACUUUUCAACAUUCCACGUUAGUUUAGUCAAACCUAUUGGAUGGCGACCAACUUUCAAGUAUUACAACACAUGGCUGAGUUUGCUGACUGGAAUUCUGUCAAUCGUCUCCAUGAUCCUCAUCAGUCUUCCAAUUGCAGUGAUAACAAUUGCCAUUGUUCUCUUUUUCUACAUGGUUGUUCUUUAUCGGAAACCAGAGGUGAACUGGGGAUCGUCUACUCAAGCGCAAACCUACCGAGCAGCGUUGACCAGCAUUCAACAACUGGUGCACAUUGAAGAACACGUCAAGAACUACCGGCCACAAAUUUUGGUUCUCACUGGCCUUCCCAACACUCGUCCUGCUUUGGUCGAUUUCGCCUACCUUAUUUGUAAGAACAAUUCGCUGAUGAUUUGCGGCAAUAUCGUCGAGGAGAAAUUAAAGUUUGAAACGCGAUCGAAAUUGCAACAAAAGGCUUACCGAUAUCUGCGCUUCACAAACAUCAAAGGAUUUUGUGCUGUGGCAGAUAAUUCGAAUCUUUAUACCGGAGUCGCUGCGAUGCUGGGCCUGGCGGGCGUUGGCAAAGUGAAACCGAAUAUCCUGUUGAUGGGAUACAAAAACAACUGGUCGACCUGUGAUAGAACAGCGUUGGAUCAAUACGUGCUGACUAUACAUACUGGGUUUGAAAUGAACGUAGGAGUAGCAAUUCUUCGUCUACAAGAAGGGCUUGAUUGCUCGCAAAUCUUGGCCGAUAUCGACGACUUGAUUCUCAAUAAAUUCCCCAAGGAUAAAAAGCAAAAUUACCAAUCGAACGAGUGGUCGGUCACGAGUAACAGUUUUGGCAAUUUCUCAACGGAUGGCGACACAACCGUCACUAGCGUGACAAUGUUGAACGAUGAAAGCAAGGUCGAGGAAACGGAAGAAUCAGAAUCGCCAAAUGAUAACGAAGGUAGGCGCACUCUGGUCUUGGGCGUUACGAAAAGCAAAAAGAGCAAACGAAGCAAAAAACUAGCAAUCACCUAUAGGGAUCCCGAAGGAAACCAAUUGCCAAAAAGUGUAAUGAACAAGAUCAUCGUGUUUCAGAAAAAACAGAAAAAGGACACGAUCGACAUCUGGUGGCUAAGCGAUGACGGAGGUUUGACGCUUCUAUUGCCUGUUAUUAUCAACAGUCGAUCAAAUUGGUCAGAGACAAAAUUGCGCAUUUUCUGCACGGCAUCUGGUGUUCACGAACUGGAAAAAGAACAAAAGGGUAUGGCAGUUUUACUGUCGAAAUUUCGCAUCGAUUACUCUGACCUGGUGAUUAUUAGCGACGUUGACGAAGCUCCAAAAAAGAAAACCAAAAAGUGGUUCGACGGUGUUAUUCGACCCUUCCUACAACCCGAGCCAAAUGGUGCAGGACCUCAGAUAACCGAGCAACAACUCGAAAUGUUUCAGUACAAAACUAAUCGUCAUCUCAAAUUACGAGAACUACUGCUGGAUCACUCUUCAGACUCCAAUUUGGUUGUUAUGACUUUGCCGAUGCCUCGAAGCCAAUCUCUUUGUGCGCCGCUCUACAUGGCCUGGCUGGAGGCUCUGACGGCCAACAUGCCACCAUUCAUGCUCGUGCGAGGAAAUCAGACAUCCGUUCUGACAUUCUAUGUUUAAGCUCAUACGUAUAUAAAUAUAGGGAAAAAUUUGUACCACUGGUUGCCAAGUUGUGGAUGUUAACCACUUUUUUAAUCACACACAUUCAAAUGGCAUUUAGUUUUGUCAAACCAUAAACAAUUUUCGUCUGCAUGCAUCAUUUGCUCAAGAACUAGAAUGAAAUUGUUGACCAUUAAGACCACAACAUCGUGCUCUUAAUCGGGAGUGUAAAAAAGUUUAGCCAAUGAAUUUUUUAGCUAUUGUAAUUGAGCAUCUCGAAAUACAUGACUGCUUACGUGUGA